CCCGCCCCUCCAGCUCGCCCUGGAGAACAGAAAUCUCUUGCAAGUUGAUUCAAGAAUAAUAUUAUAAGGGUUUCCAACAUGACUUGUCCAGAAUAUAUAUGCUCUAUGUAAGAAAAUAGGGUUUUCCUUUUCAAUCUUGUAAUUUUCUCCAAAAUGUUCAGCAAGAACACGUACCUGCUUCCGCAGGUUUCACCUUCUCUUCACGCACGAGCCAAUAGUUCCGUCGUCGACCUCAAUGGCCGUGAAAUUUUGCUUCAUCACCAUCCCGACAUGUUUUCAGGUCAUUACUUGGCCGCCAAUGCUUCAGUUGUUGAGGCUGCUGCCUUGUACAAUCAAGAUGUUGGUGGGAUAAAUGAAGAUCCAGUUUCUGCUAUGGCAAACGCAUUUCAGAGAAAACAGGCGGUGAAAAAGGACCGGCACAGCAAAAUAUUCACAUCUCAAGGGCCGAGGGACCGGAGAGUUAGGCUCUCCAUCGGAAUUGCACGAAAGUUCUUCGACCUUCAAGAAAUGCUAGGUUUUGAUAAGCCAAGCAAAACCCUCGAUUGGCUGCUUACUAAAUCAAAAACAGCCAUUAAAGAGCUGGUGCAGAAGACACAAAUCGGCGCCAGCGCCAGCGCCAGCGCUAAGAGUAUUUCUUCACACUCUGACUGUGAAGUACUCUCUUCUGCAGGAAAUGGGGAGACCUUUGAAAAUGCAAACUCUUUAGGAGAAGAUUCAAAGAGGAAAUUUGCUAACAAAAAUAAAGGAGCAAAAGAUCAUCAGCAGAAUCUUGCGAAAGAGUCAAGGCAGCUAAAUGAUGCCCGAAACACGGAUUCUGGUUUGAACCCUUCAAUCCCAGUUGAAUAUGGAAACAAUCAACUUGAAGUUUUCCAAUUAUCUGCAGGUUCUUCCAGCAACAGUGUGUCCUGCUUGAGGGCUAAUGGCGAAAUUCGCGAACCUAUCCUCCAUUGUCCCCUAAGUAAUGAAGCAGCCAACGGAGACCUAAUUCAAGAAUCUAUUGUGAUCACAAGGAAGUCGAAGAACCCUUCGUUCUUUGGGUUUCAGCAAAACCUUAUUGUUUCCAGAGAUUUGAGUUCAAACUACACUAUCCCAUCUGCUAAUCCCACCGAUAAUUGGGAUAUAUGUAGCUUCACCUCACAAUCCAACCUGUGUGCCAUCUUGGAUCAGCACAAGUUCAUGAAUAGGUAA